UCCCUCCUUCAUUCCAUUCUUCUCUCUCUCCUGUUCCACCCAUCUCUCUCUCACCCUCUGUAAUCCAACUUCUAUCUCUCUACUCCUCUCUAGUUCCAUCUCUCUCUCUCUUCCAUCCUUACUUCUCUCUCUCUCUCCCUCUCUUGCUUAACCAAAAUUUAUCUGACAAGAUGUGUAUAGUGUUGUAAUACUAUAUUUAUGAUAGUAUAUAUAGACAUUUCCUAUAUACACAAAUUCACCGAAUUUUGGCUACGAGGUUUCUUUUCUACGUUUACAAAACUGUCCAAAGAAAAAUUUCAACUGGAAACAACAUAAGGUAAGAUGAUAAACAUUACUGCUGCUGCUGCUACUGCUGCCUCUGUUGAUGCUCCUCUAAGGCUGAAGUAUGGAUGAAAUAGCAACACCAGUAAUUACCUGAAGGAGAAGGGUGUGUGUGUGUGUGUGUAUAUGUGUGUGUGUGUAUAUAUAUAUAUCCAUAUGUAUAUACACACACACACAUAUGUAAACACACACACACACACAAACACACUCAUUCAUGCACACAAUGCAUUUAUAUAUAUUUAUAUAUAUAUAUAACUGAAUUAGAUUUUUAAAAAAAAAAAGGAAAAACCUUGUCUGUUGAAGAGAAAACAAGAAUCCAUUUUGUAUCUGUGAUUCCUCUCAUUUUCGUAUUAAAAAAACACAUAAAACAAAUUAAAACAUAGAAUAUUAAAAAAAAAAAACAUAAACAAAAUUCCACAAAAUGGCUUCAGCUGAUACUCAGAAACUGAACAACAGGCGACGGCGUGACCAUCCCCGCCGAGAAACGCUGCCAGGUGGAACUGUAUCGCGUACACACACACGCCAAUUGGAUUUUUACCAGGCUAUGUCAGACUUCAAGCAUAUGUUUCCCAGCAUGGAAGAAGAUGUAAUCGAAGCCAUUUUGAGAGCCAAUGAUGGUGCUGUCGAUGCCACCAUCGAUCAGCUGCUCACAAUGAGUGUGGACACUGAUGACAUAUCAUGUGUAAGGAAGCACACUCCAUUGUCGAAGGUGCCUGCUGCCAGUCUAAAGCCAGAAAACUCUCUGGUCAGAAGAACAGGAAAAAAAGACAGACAGAAAGUGAAACGUCACACAAUCUCUGGUAUUUCACCAAACAGCACAAAAAUCCAAGAUUCACCUCCUUCAUAUUCAGAAGCCAUGCGGCUGCAACAUUCUUCACCAUUAGCUGGUUCCCAUGGAGCAACGUUACCAAUGACGUGGCGUCACUCUUCACUCCAGCAGCUGCCUCCUACCCCACCAAGGGGCCCUCAUAAACGUAGUUUAUCAGCCUGUGGCAAUUUACUUGAUAUAGAUCUACCCAAUCUCUCUCUUAGCCCAAAUCUCUCAUUGCCGUCGUCCAAUACAAUUCCUAAAACAUUUUAUGGACAUCCUAAUAAACCUAUUUCGACUCCUUCUGGAAGAGUCUAUCGCAAUUGGAACCCACCUAUGCUAGGGACUUUACCAGAUGACUUUCUCCGCUUGAACUUACCGAUUAGACUCCAAAGAAACAGCACACCUCCACCCCCUCCACCACCACUUUCACACAAACAUUCAUCUCCUACAAGAAGUCUUGAUGCUAAUUUGAAUUCAACUCCACAAAGAAAAAGUUACCGACCAUCAAAGACAAUGAUUAUUUCAACUCAUGAAUUUAGCAAAAGUAUGUUGGAGCAGAAACUGAAGGAAAAUGAACGGAGACGGCGUUCAACUAGUCAGGAUAUUGACCCCGAGCUUACUCAGUACUUGGCCGAUGAACACUUAGCUAUUGUGAUACAGAACAGUGAAUUUCUUCAAGAGUUGCGAGGAAAUGAAGAUUUUAUGAAAACUCUUGAGAAAGAUCGAAUGAAUGCAGCGGCUUUUGAACCAUCUGCUCUAUCUCAGCCGUCACCGACUGGACCAAAAGAAAGUGAUAUUGAGGGCUAUGGUCAUGAUAAUCAAGAGACCUUGGAAGCUUUCCCAUUUAGUCAACCACUCCCCUCCUCCUCUGUUGAUGAGGAUGCAGAACUGCGAAGCCAAUUAAAGCACAUGGGACGUGCUUCCAGAAAACAGUUUGUAACUCUAGCAAGGAAAUUCUUCUCAAGACGGAAAAAGAAAUCUUCUCGGGACAUCCUUGGAGAAAAAAUUGCUCCAUCAAUGACUAAUCUUUUGGAAGACGAAGAACAACCAGAAGAUGACCUCCCUGCAGCUUUCCUUGAAGAUAAACCAGUUUUUGAACCAUUGCCGGACACACUGCCUAUGAACAGAACAAAUCAACGCUUCUCACAAGCAAUGUCAAACCAUACGCUCAACAGACGUUCUGAUAUUGUCUGAAAAUGAGUUCUUUGCAUAAAAAUACUCCAGAUAAAAAAAAAAAAAUUUUUUUAAAACAAAAUGUACUCUGACUUUUAAAAAAAUAAGCCAUCUUAGGGCAAUUGAUAAAAACUUUUACAUAAUAAUGUUCUUGAUUCAUUGAGAUUACAAUUGACAUUCAACUGGGUGUGCAAUCACAUACAUACACACACACAAAUAUCUGCUUUUCUGCCGACAUAUAUUUUUAAUAUAAAAUGCGUGUUUAUAAGUUUUAAGAGUACAUAUGUACAUGAGUGCGAGUGAAAUCGGUGUGCAUUAAUGGUCACAAUUUUACAACUUCCCUGCAGUAACACACACACACACAUGUGCAUUUGUUUAUUUGCAUUAGAUUGCAUAUAUUAUAUAUCUCCAUCAUAGGACAAGCAUAUCCUAUGCAAAUCAUAUGGUUGUUAACUGAGAAACUGUAAAAAAAAAAAAAAACCCCAAAAAAACAAAAAGUAAACAUUUCUUCACUAUAUCAAUGAGGUGGUCAUGUUUACUUCAUUGCCUCUAAUCCUUCCUCUGUUCUUCAGAUCAUCAAUUAGAAACGAGAUUUGCUGAUUAGGCAUUAUUUUUAUUUUCAUAUGUAAACAAAAAUAUUCUUUAUUGGUUCAUACUCCCAUUUUAAAACAGUAUACAUACAUACACACACAUAUAUAUAUAUACACACUCACACACUUUUCAUUUUACAAUUUUGUUUUUAAGUGUCUAAAGUAGGAAUUUUUUUUUCCUAAAUCGUUAAUGAAAUACAAUCUUAUACCUCUAUAAUUUUUUUUUAAACUUGGGAAAUAUU